CCAUGUCAUCAGAAACAUUCGUGACUUACUCGCCGAUUCGCCUCCAUCGACGAACAAAUUAUCUGAUUCACACAAACCGUUUUACAUCUCACAAUGCCCAAUUGAAAUCAGUUCUGAAAACUGAAGAGAAUAUUAUGGCUUCUCAAUUACUUCACUGCUUGAUGCUCAUUAUAUAAGUUGUCGAGGAUAGUGAGUUACGAUUCACCUUUGAGGCUCUGACUUGCCUGGACUUCUCAAUUCAUUGUUGCUCGCCUCCUCAGUUUGUGGGAGUCGCCUAACGUCAAGAAAAACGCAAGUACUUCCAUAUCUAUUACAUACUUCUUCUCGACGCAAAGGUUCGACACGAACAUAUAUCUUAAAUAAUGAAAUACCUCACAGACUCACGCCUAAUAUUUCUAAUCAAACUUUUUGGUAUUUUGUGGUAGUUAUCAUUUUUGAUUUCCAUUCCUCUGUCUAUCUCCUCUCUUCAAGUAUAUAAUACCUUCCAACUCAUACAUAGAUGUUUGUCAAAGAAUAUACCGUCUCUGCUUAGGCGUGAGUCUCGAUUUCGUUAUCAGUAACUGUUUUAUUGUUUUCGUUGUGAGACGAAGAAUGUGGUAGGAAGUAUUGAAAUACUAAUUUUUUUUUACUUUUGUUUUAAAAUUAGUGUGGUUUUUGUCAAGCCGGAGCCAAAGCGCCAGAAAUCUCCAUGGCCAUCAAACUUCACGUCCUGCCGGAGAAACAUCUCAUGACACUGCCAGAGAGUUGGAACCAUCACACGCCUUGGAGGAAGACGAUGGUAAUGGAGAGUCAAACGCAAACACUGGUGGCUUUGGUAUGGGGAGGUUCUAAGAUGUGUCUGAGGAAGAAGGAUGGAUCUAUGUUCCAUAUAGUAUAAUAUCCAAUUUUGAAAGUUUUGAACUUUACCUUCUUCUCUACUUAAUCUAAUGUGGUGGUGAUCUCUUCUUAUUACAGAAGAGAUCCCGGAUAACUGGUCUGAGUCUGUUGAUAUUCAGUCAUUACGUCUCUGGAUCCCUCCUUUGUGUUUACUGGGGAGCAGAUUCAGAUCCUUGCAGUUGCAUGCUUAUCUGAGAGUAAAGGGGACGCCGAGAUUAUCACCCCUUUUAAAGUUGCUGAGGUGAUGAACAAAACUUUAUAGAGAAAUCUCUCUGGCAAUGGGACGAGUACACCAUCAGGGGAUGGGGAAUUGAGCCCUGAUGGUCAGUUUGCAACUCAGAACGGUGACAGUCCUGGUAAAGAGAGUUUGGAUUCACAAAAAGGACGUAUCUAAUGGCGAAUCAAUUUUCAGGAUGGAAGAUCAAUAAGAGAAGAACAUAAGACUUCCUUUCCAGGUUUCAGAAGUCUCAUUUCUUCGUUAGGAUCGCAGAGUCUGGUGAGCCGCUUUGGUCAAAGAAACCUCUGUGUUGGGAGAUACAAAGCUAGAGGAAAAGCGGAAAAAAGAGACCUUGUGUUAGUGCUUUUUUAGAUAGAGGAGAGUUUGAUCUUAAUGUUGCUGGAGGUGUAGCAAGAAGUAAGGCAAAAUGUUGUGCCUUACCCAAUGGAGACACAUGAUGGUAAUUCUUAUAAGUUGUUUUUUUAACCUACUGAUUCUCACACAAUGCCUUUAUUUGGAAGGGCGAAGGUCUCUUUACAAGUUUAUAUCGUUGACUGUCCCAAAGAACCAAUCAUUGAGAUACUGCAGUUUGAGAAGCAUCAAGACAUGGACCAACUUUCUGAUCAUGAACACAAGGAUCCAUAUGGGAACCUUUUGAAAUGGUUGAUACCGUUGGAUAACACUAUUUCUCAGCAACCCUGUUCUUUACCACCUCCUAUAAGCUCUACCCCAGAUAUCAGCAGCAGUGCACACAAGCCAUUACUCUCUUCUGGCUCAGGAUCUCAGCUCUUCUCAUUCGUCCAUUUUAGAAGCUACUCCAUGUUCGCUCUGCCGGCGCCGAACACUGCACCAGUUACUGGACCCGUAAAAACUGAAAGCUCCAAACCAUCAUUUGACCUUGAAGACUGGAACUGUUACUCAGGUCAAACAUUAUGGAACGGUCACAAGUCUGGGACUGAAGAGCUCUUAUCUUUCCGGGGUGUCCCUUUGGAGCGGGAUAAAUUCUCUGUUCGUUGUGGACUUGAAGGCAUAUGCAUUCCUGGUAAGAAGAUGGAGGAAGAAACUUUUGAUAUCAGUUCUUUUACUGCUGAUUGUAAUACAGAUAAACAUUUAAUAUAAAUAGUUUUAAAUUUUUAUAAUAAAUUCUAAUGUAUAUAUGUAACAUGGUCAUAUUUAAUAUAAUAUGGGUAUAUCUUGUGAACU